AUGGCCAUCGCGUAUCCGCGCGAGUUGAAGUCUACAAAACCCCUUACGCCUCCACCAAGUGACGAGAACUUUCCUCGACCAAAAGUACGAUCGGGUGAUCUUUGUGUUGGGUGCAUUGUUUGGUUACCUUCAGAGGGUUUCGACAAGAGCAUUAAAUGUUGCAAAAGAGAUUGUUGUGGAAAGGGACUUGGAGAAGAUGGAUACAAUAAUCCUGUUGUCAUUCUCAAGAUUAGACAAAGAAAGGCUCGAAUUACCACUUUCAGUGAUAUGAAUUUGGAAAACUAUUUAUCGAAAUGUCCACACAACUCUGAAUUUCAGCAAUCAUUACCCAUUAGUCCGAUAGAUCAGGAUAGCUGCGUCGAAAGUACACCAUCAUGGCUUCUUCGUCUGCAAAAGGGAGCGCUUAAGAAGCAAUCCUACAUUAAUCUUGCUCAUAUCUUCAAGGUGCCUUCCAGCAGCCUUUCCACGUUUGGCUUUCGAAAUCAUCGAGCUUAUAAGCUUCGACUGUCAGCCACAAGUUAUAAUAGUCUAAUGGGGGAAAUGGGUCUUCGAAAUGAGCCCUACGAAGAAACUGCUUCGCUUUACAAGACCGCGCGAGCACGUCUCGAGGCGCUUGCUUCCCAAAAUAGGCAAAUUCCAUCUCUAAUAUCAAAAACAGCACAGGUAUCAUUUACCCUUCAAAACGAAAUAGAUGUGGAGAAGAAAAAAUACCCCACUACUCCCUUCCCAGUUGCCUCACCGGAUUGUCCUCAUGCUAAAACUGCUCCGACAUCUCCUCUUCUCCCGUUAGGACAACGAAGAAAUGUCAGAUUUACCUUGAAUGAAAUACCCAAAUCUAAGAGUCUCCUCGACGUUCCACGAGUAGCCGGGUAUGGGACUGUCAAUAAUCAGCAACUGCUUACUCCAUAUCCGAUUCAGCCACCUACUCCAUUGACGGCGCGCUAUCAUUCUUUCAGGCCGUUUGUUGAUCAUGGGUGGAGACAUGUUGCUUUGAGAUUCUUCGCAGGGUGUUUGAGUCUCGGAACAGUAUUCGGAGCUUUCAAGAUAUUGUGGUCGGCAAAUGGUACUUUUUGA